AUGAGAUUAAAAUUAGCUGUAUUUGUGCGUAUUUACAUCAAUUGUGGGACACUUUACAUCUUCGUGUUACAGAUUUUGCAGAUUGGCAAGUUGUUUGCACGAAGUGGACUUCAUCGUGCAUACUGUACAGAUCCUACUCGUAUAGAGAAAACUGUAAACACGGUCACAUUGCUAGGUCGUGUUGGUGCGGAUCCACAACGACGCGGAAAUGAUGAACAUCCGGUGGUUAUGUUUUCCGUAGCGACGCACUCCAACUACAAAUACGAAUCCGGUGACUGGAUGCAGAAGACGGACUGGCAUCGAGUGGUUGUCUUCAAGCCGGGUCUUCGGGAUGCGGUAAUGUCCUACCUGAAGAAGGGACAGCGUACGAUGAUCACUGGGAAAAUAACUUACGGUGAAAUAACGGACCAGGAGGGUAAGCAACGCGGCACUACCAGCAUUAUUGCCGACGAUGUCAUCUUUCUCCAGAACUAACU